GUAGGUGCGCGCGAUUAUGGAGGACUAUGAUUGGGAGUUGCACGGUGUCGAAGAUGACUUCCACAGCCAGUUCGCGGCCGAGCUCGAGGUGCUGGCCGAGCUGGAAGCAGGUACAGCGGCCCUGUCACCCUCCAGGGGCCCCCGGGUGGGCCCGGUCCGGCGGACCUUUGAAGAGGCUAUUGCUGGAGGGGACGCUGCCACUCCCUGCUCUCCAGGUCGACCUUCAGGGAGCUGCAAUAGCGGUUCCAGGAAGAGGCAGCUGGCCACCAGCGUUCAGAAGAACAGGCCCCUGCUCCAGACCCCUAGGCUCAAGCGGCCCAGACUGGAGGCGGUCAAGAGGCUGAACUUCAGGCUGGAUGAGAUGGAAGAGUCCCUGCCUCCUGACUCCCCACCUCAGCACAUCACCCCCCCACAGAGUCCUGAAGUCCCCGCUGAGCUGUGGGGCAAGGGGCCUGUGGAUGCUGAUGCUGACACGAGUCUCAUAUGGGCCUCAUCAGCCACCCGAAACCCCGUCCUGAGGCGACCCCCUGUCCUGGAGGACUACAUCAACGUGACCUCCACGGGUGGUGACCGGGCCUUUCUGGUGCUUCGAGCUGACCCAGUGGGCACUGGGGUGCAGAGCCCUUUCCGGGACAUCUGGUGGCGUGGCCGUGGCCAGCUGGACCUGCUGGGCAUACCCUUCACCUCUCUGAAGGAGCAGGUCGACAAUGAGCGGCGGCAACGAGUGCUGCAUGAGGCCCAGCAUCUCUCAGAUACACUGCGCAGCCUCAGGUCAGAGGAGGUGGAGGAGGCCCUGGAAGAGGAGCCGGCCAAUAACCAAGAUGACUCAAAACACUGCCUCUGGGUGGACGAGUUUGCACCUCAGCACUACACAGAGCUGCUCAGUGAUGACUUUACUAACCGCUGCCUCCUCAAGUGGCUGAAGCUGUGGGACGUGGUGGUGUUCGGCCGAGAGAGGCCGGCCCGGAAGCCCAGGCCCAGUGUGGAGUCAGCUCGGGUCGGCAAGGAGGCCGCAGCCUCCAGCAAGUGGAAAAGCCAUGAGCAAGUGUUGGAGGAGAUGCUGGAGGCUGAGCUGGACCCGAGCCAGCGGCCCCGGCAGAAGGUGGCACUUCUGUGUGGACCCCCAGGGCUGGGGAAGACCACCCUGGCCCAUGUGAUCGCGAGGCAUGCUGGAUAUUCUGUGGUGGAAAUGAACGCGAGUGAUGACCGCAGCCCUGAGGCCUUCCGCACCCACAUUGAGGCGGCCACACAGAUGGAAUCAGUGCUAGGUGCUGGUGGGAAGCCCAACUGCCUGGUCAUCGAUGAGAUCGACGGGGCCCCCACGGCUGCCAUCAACGUCCUUCUCAGCAUCAUCGACCACAAGGGCCCGAAGGAGGCAGAGCCUAGGGGCCUGGCCAUACCAGCGGGUGGGGUGCCGCGGCGGCGGCGGGCAGAGGGGGGGCUCCUGAUGAGGCCAAUUAUCUGCAUCUGUAAUGACCAGUUUGCAGUCUCCCUGCGGCAGCUGAAGCAUCAGGCCUUCCUGCUUCAUUUCCCCCCCACGCUGCCCUCCAGGCUCGUGCAGCGGCUGCAGGAGAUCUCCCUACGGCACGGCCUACAGGCCGACCCAGGAGCACUGGCAGCCCUAUGCGAGAAAACAGACAACGAUAUCCGUGCCUGUAUCAACACCCUGCAGUUCCUGCAUGGGCAAGGCCAGCAGGAGCUGAGUGUUCAGGAUGUGCAGACCACACGAGUUGGCCUCAAGGACCAGCGCAAGGGUCUCUUCUCUGUGUGGCAGGAGGUCUUCCAGCUGCCUCGGGCCCAGAGGCAACACGUGGGUCAGGACCUGACUCUGCCCACUCACACGCUCCUGCUGGGCGACGGGCUCACAGGCGCCGCACCCCACGCUGCCAAGGUGUCUCUGACCAUGGCUGCACAGCGCUUCUACCACAUCCUGCACACGGCCGCCUCGGCAGGCGAGCAUGAGAAGGUGGUCCAGGGCCUGUUUGACAACUUUCUGCGCCUGCGGCUGCGAGACUCCAGCCUAGGCACCGUGUGUGUGGCCCUCGACUGGCUGACCUUUGAGGACUUGCUGGGCCAGGCUGCCCACCACCGUCAGAGCUUCCAGCUGCUGCGCUACCGGCCCUUCCUGCCCGCGGCCUUCCACCUGCUGUUCGCCUCUAGCCACGUGCCAAGGAUCACUUUCCCCAGUAGCCAGCAGGAGGCCCAGAACCGGACAAGCCAGGUGCAGAAUCUGAUCCAGACGCUGGUGUCGGGUAUCACACCGGCCACCCGCAGCCGGACCUCCGCCCUGGCCCUCGUCCUGGACACCCUCUGCCUGCUCCUGGACAUCCUCGUGCCUAAGCUGCGCCCUGUGAGUACACAGCUGUAUAGCACCCGUGAGAAGCUGCAGCUGGCAAGCCUCGUGGGCACCAUGAUUGCCUACAGCCUAACCUACCGCCAGGAGCGCAUGCCCGAUGGGCAGUAUGUCUAUAGGCUGGAGCCGAACGUGGAGGAGGUCUGCCGCUUUCCUGAGCUGCCUGCCCGAAAGCCCCUCACCUACCAGGCCAAGCAGCUCAUCGCCCAUGAGAUAGAAGUGGAGAAGAUGCGGCGGGUGGAGGCCUUGGCCCGAGACCGGGACGUCCCCCAGGUGGACGAGAGUCCCUCCGGGGCCAAGGGUCCACAGGAGGAUGCUGGGGGGAAGGGGGCGCAGCCACCAACCUCACAUAGCCAUGCGCAGUGGCUGGAGUGCAUCCUGAAGAGAACUGCCCAGGAGGACCAGCCGGAGAGGGAUUUUUUUGGCCGUUUGGUUGUCAGGAAAGAAGCAGCCCCAUGUGCAGAGGACGCAGCCCCUGAGACAGACUCGGCCGAGUGGCGCAUGGGCACUGCGGUGGGCAGGAGCGACGUCUGGUUCCGCUUCCAAGAGGGUGUCUCCAAUGCCGUGCGGCGCAGCCUGUACAUCAGGGAGCUCCUAUAGCCAGGCCACAGCGGGCACCCCAGGCCACACUGAACUCCCCGGGGUGAUGCCAGAUGUCCCGGACUACACCGGACACCCCAGACCCAUGCCGGAUGCUUCAGGGCCACACCAGACACCCCAGUUUUCAUGACAGACACCCUGAUCUAUGCCAGACACUCGGGGGUCAUGCUGGACAUCCCCAGAUCCACGCUGGACACCCUGGCAUUGUUUUCUCUUUGUUAGAAAAUGUACAGAAGCACAGACACCCUGAAAAGUCUUUAUAAAAAGUCACACCUUUA